AUGCCACGAAAAAAAGGCUAUGCACAAUUCCUCUCAUCCAAGUUCGCUGAAGGCCCUAGAGUAUCUGCAUCAGAAGAUCUACUCACCAGUAAUGAAGAUGCACUGUCUUCAACCCAAUCCUCCUCGAAUCCUGUAUCACGUUUGGUAAAGAAGGAGGGUAAGAAGCAACGUACUUUUUCGGCACCUGCGAAUAGGGAUGGUACUCCUUUACCUCAAGAAGAAGGUUAUUCUUCACCGUCCCUUUUCGAUGACAAUCUGGUGGAUGAAUUGGCGAAUGCGUUGGAGAAGACGAGAGUUAAAUUACAAUCCGAUCUUUCAGAUGCGCCUUCAACCACCUCCCGUGCUCCGUUCAAGGCUCCCAGUGCUGUAGGACGAAGGGCAGUUAUAACCGCCGAACGUCUUCAUGAUACUAUUGCCGGUGCCAAACGCGAUCUUCAUAUGCUCUCCAAAAAUUCCGUAUCUGAGCUGAUCUAUACUACGUUAGACAACGUAGAGCUACACCUUGCAUACGUGUCCAAGAAAAUCAAAGAAAUCCACCACCCAGAUGCAGACGGCCAGGUGCGCGCGAUAACCCAAGAGAUCGAAGGCUUGGAGCAGGUUCUGUGUACAUGGCGAAGAGACUAUCCGGAUAACUUCUCCCCCAUCAAGAUUGAUAACAGUAAAUUGUUUGUGAAUACCAUAGACAAAUGGAAUACUCCUACGCUCAUAGCUUAUACCAUUGCUCUCGUCAGCCGUGUUUUCGAAGGAGUGGCGAGGCGAGGUUCUAGUGUCUUGCUUAAACUGCUGAAAAUCUAUGGCCUUUCCAUCACAUUGCUCACUGGGGGACCAAGUCUUCAGCAGACAAAAGCACUCGAGGACAUCCCAGAGUCGAUCGAAACCUUAGAAAUGAGGUUGAAUAUGGACGUCCCCAGUAUUCCACAUGCAGUGUGCCCUUGCUGCAGUUUCACAUAUCCACCUACGUAUCCCAAAAAUUCUCGCACUCCAGUCUAUCCUACUCAUUGCACUGAACGCAUCACGCAAGACUCAGAACCGUGUGGAACAGAGCUUCUGUUCGAUGGAAAACCUGUCAAAACGUAUCACUAUUACUCCUUCUAUGAGUGGUUCGGUCGCUUCAUUGCACAUCCCGAAAUCGAGCAGUACGGUGAUAAAUUUUGUAACGAUGUAUCGGCAACCGUCGAAGUCCCGGAGGUUAAAAGGGAUUUCAAAGACGGCACAUUCGUACGUUCAUUCAAGGGUCAUGACGGGAAGCUUUACAUCACAGAACGAGGAGAAGAGGGUAGAUGGCUCUUUCUCCUGUUUGCUGACUUUUUCAACGUGGAGGGAAAUAGUUUGCAUGGAAAAACUAGUUCAACCGGUGUUACUGGUCUUGUUUGUCUCAAUCUCCCGCCUGCUAUGAGAAAUAACCAAGCUUGGGUGUACAUUCCUGGUAUUAUCCAAGGAAGACAGGAACCAGAUGCCAAGCAGAGCGAGCACCGCCAUUACUGGCGUCUCCUUGUCACUGAGUUUGAAGCAGGGUAUUCUCGAGGACUACGGCCUUUUCACACACACACAACCCAUCAGAUGGGUCUGGAUUCGAACAAACGCAUCUUUCGUGUCGCAAUCGCAGGAGCAUCAAUGGACUUCAAAGCAGCUCGUCCGUUCGGGGGUUUUCUCGAUGUAACCUCACAUCACACUUGCUUCUUGUGUAAAUGCUGGCAUCUCAGUCACAUUGGAAGGACAGAUUUCGAAAACUGGAGACCUGCAGAUAUCACGUUUUUGCAGAAAGGAACUCAGGCAUGGCUCACUGCUCCGACUAUCGCUCAGCGCAAACAGGUCGAAAAUUUCUUCGGUACACGAUCUUCUGAAUUGUGGCGAUUACCAUAUUGGAAACCCACGCUGCAGCUGCUUAUCGAGCCGAUGCAUACCCUCUUCCUCAUUUUGGAGCAACGAUAUGCUCGUCAUGCGCUUGGCCUUGAUAAUCCAGAACCUGAUGGCGUCGCUCUUGAUGAGCCUGAACAGGGCAAUCCGAAGCGUAAAAAAGCGAAGUUACAAAAGAAGAAAAUGGCCUACAUUUCUUUCUAUCACGAGUUCACUCCCCCUCCGCAUCCUUCCGAUCUCACCCCGCUGGGCAUGGGGACCGAGACUGGUCGACUGAGCGAUGCCCUUCGGGAAUUAUUCGAUGAGCCUGAGGUUCAAGAUCAGCGUCUUUCACUGUUGGAAUGGAAUAACCUUACCCCUGAACAGAAUUCAGCUCGCUUGUCAAGGAAUGAGCAGUUUGUCUCAACUAUUCAGGGUGAUCCUCGAGCAUUUCAGGCAGUGUAUGAUCUAUACCAAUCACUCUCCUCUCCUGCGCCUGUCAAAGAAGCGGAAAAACAGAAGUUUCUGAAAAAGCUUUCUUCUUACAGGUGGAUCGUUCUAGCUUUUGUUUGCAACAACUUGGUUGAAUUUCCAACUCCAAAGCAAGACAGUGAAGGCAAGAAUGAGAAAAAAGCAAGUGGUUUGCUUUCUCGGUCCUCGCUUCAUAAAGGGGAUGUAACUGUGAAGAUGUUUGCCCAAGCUUUAUCUCACUGGGUAUGCCAAUUCAUGAAUUUCGGUGCAGAUUUAGAUUCAACGAUUAAUACACAGCGGUUGCACAAGGUUGAGCCGGAUCGAUUCAAGUGGCCUCACUUCAUACCCAAGGAUAAGCAGUUACCUUCAAUCCCAUGGCUCCACCUACACGGUAUGUACGAGGACCAGCAACGGUUCAAUAAAGUACAUCAGUUCACGCUGCAAGACCGUUUUGAGCUUUUAGCUGAACUGACCAAACAGCUGAAUUUGCAUAGUGCACAUGCAAUCGGGGCUAUACACCGGUUUCUAACGCAACCGAUAGAAAAAGACACGGCGCAACUUGAGAGUAAUAUCGGCAAACUGCCUUUUACGGCUCUAGCCUUUGUCUGCAUAGACCUUGAUUGUCUCCCGGUAGGAAAAUUUGGGAAAUCAGAUCUCGUUCAGCAUUUGGUUGAAUGGCGGAUGAACAAGCCCUUAAAGCGCUUGGUUCCAGUCAAAAUCGACUCGACAUUUGUUUUGCAAAGGCUUCAACAAGCUGUACGAGAAAUUAUAACUCCUUCAUGGGUAACCCGGCCGCCAGAGGAAGUCGGGCUGAAGCGAGCGGGUACUCUGAAAGCUGAUCAUUGGCGAACUUUAUUUUCGAUCCAUCUUCCUUUGGCCUUAAUUAGUAUUUGGGAUAAAGAUUCUCCUUCUGCAGCAGACAACGCAAACGAAAUGGCGCCUGUGCUACAAACCUCAAUGCAUCUUACCUGUGCAUCCAUUGCGAUGACUCGCAACAACUUGUCUCUAGAGCGUCGCAAUUUGUUCAGAGAAUCGAUCAGAUCACACAUCGAAGGCCUGAAGUUGAACUUCCCUGGAUUCAUGCUACCUUCGCAUCAUCUUUCGUUCCACAUAUUCGAUUUCAUGGAUUCUUUCUCUAAUGUCCGCAAUUGGUGGGCUUUUCCAUUUGAAACUCUGAUCGGUAAAAUGCAAAGGAUUUCAACCAAUCACAAAAUUGGUGAACUCGAGUUAACCAUCCUUGAAUCCAUCUGCAAGAAUGCAACCUUUCGCCGGUGGAUGAUGCUUCCCGGUUGUCCUGAACUUGUCAAGUUCUGUCGCAUUCUUUUGGAUAAAGCUUACGGAUAUGACAAGCGGAACGAGCUUGCUCAGAACGAUGCGGAUGAUUUGCAAGGUGCAAACCCAAAGGAGGUUUUAGAGUACUCUGCCGAUUCAACUGCUCGCAGACAGGUAUCAAUCAAGUUUCCUAUGGACGUCGCAAAUAAGAUAGGGAACCUUAAUGCAAUUUGUUUCUCACAAGUCCCGGCACCCAAGGGCUUCUACGGUACUCCCGCACUACGGCCUGUCGGUAAUAGCUACGUCUGUUAUCGUCCACCAAAAAAUAGUUCACGAGAAGCGUCCCUCAUGGGACAAAUCAGAUAUAUCUUUGAACAUGAAGGCACCACGAAUAUGGCUAUUGUACGCAGCCAGCCUUACGUUGGACCCAUCCCAGAUAUUUUUGCACGAUUUUCCACUCAAGGAUUCGAUGCAAGGACUGUUUCACCAUCCUUUUCAAAUGUUCAUGAUAUCGUAACGGUUGAUUCAAUUCUGGGACAUGCAGCAAGAUGGGAACUUACUCCGGAGUAUGCUGUAAUGCUUUCCUUGGCGCGGGUUUCUUUGAUCAGUUCCCAUUGUGCAAAACAGUCAAAACGGGACACCAUGGUACCUCCUUCAUAUCUCGCCUCUCCCUCGUCGCCCAGUUUUGACAAUAGGUUUCUGCGCGUUUUCGCUGUCAUCAUGGGCAUGAAUCAAUUGCGAUGUGUAACUGGACGUAGAACGACUACCCGCAGCUUACGUGCUCGUAUUUACCGGGCGAAUAACCUGUCAUCGCAACCCAUCGACGUGGUCUAUCGCGAAGAUGCUCAAAGCCAUAGAUUUGUGCUUGCUUCGGAAGAAUUAUCCCAUCCCAAAACGCAGUCCUAUGUUCACGAUACAACUGUCAGCAUCUCUCAUCUCGGAAAACGCUACAAAUUUCGGCUGUUUUUCAAACGCCAUAAGCUACUCCCGGUCAAUCAGGCGAUCAUGCGGUUAGCUAAUGUCUCGAUGGAAGGGGACGUAUUAGUCCUUGUAUGUGGUUCAAAGGUCGAGAUACGAAACCUUCGUAGCGAUGAACUGCGUGCGGCAGAUAAGGCUGUUCGACAGUGA